UUGGCCUUCUGGUCUUUUAGCCUUGUGAAGCAUUUUUAUUCAGUUAUGUGACAAAUUAUGUGGCUGCUGUGCAGCACAGACCCUGUAAGAGAUUUGUGCUUCAGUUUUGCUGAUAGCGACAGCCAUGGAUGCGAUGGAAGCUCCAUGUCGGCACAACAAAGGCUGCUUGCUACUGGAGCUAGAUUUCAGAUGUGAAAAACGUGAUAGCAGCCUGCCCCACGGUUUUAGCAUUCGUGGAAAAGUGGAGCGACUGUGAGUGCUACAAUCAAUGAACGCUAGAGUGCAGGCGGCCUAUCAGCUCAGAGAGCCAGAGAGAUGCCCUGUGGACCGUUUCACUAACGUGAAGCGUGCUCAGUCGAUUUGACUCACUUCAGCCCCGCUGCCGUGCCUGCCUUUCCAGAAGCGUUCCCGUCCUGCUCCACAACGACAGACACGAGGCUUCACCAGAGCUUCUCCAUCACCGACAACUCACCGCUUUCGUGCCCUUUUCCAGCUUCAUCCCUUCAAGCUUUGGCUGCUUGCGACUCAGGAGCGAGGCUUGAGCACCGGUCUGCCUCAGCAUCCCGGAUCAUCCAGCUACUUGCCAGACAAAUAAAACUCUGGUGAAAACAAUUCUUAAAGCUACAGCAGAGGCGCUUCCGCUUCCUUAACUGAGCGUGCAGUUCAAAAAUCAGCGCCGCCACCCGAUUCCCACUACACAUCCCAUCAUGCCUCACUCCUUCCAGCAGAAAAAAGCUCAGCAAAUGCUCCUUCUGUGCCAAGGAGUGAACGGGAUGAGAAAAGACGGGGAAUCCGUGGUUUGGAAUCACCACAAGCAAAGUUUCCAGGAACUUGACAAAAUGGCUUGCGCAGCAGACAGCUGCAUACAGUUCACACGCCAUGCAAGUGAUGUUCUGCUCAACCUGAACCGGCUGCGCAGUAGAGACAUCCUCACAGAUGUCACUAUCCUGGUCAACAGACAGCAGUUUCGUGCACACAAGACCGUUCUUAUGGCUUGCAGUGGGCUGUUUUACACUAUCUUCACUGACUCCCACAAGUGCAACCUUAGUGCAAUCAGUCUGGACCCAAAGGUGGACCCAGAGGGCUUUGCCAUCCUGCUAGAGUUUAUGUACACCUCCCGUCUCACACUAAAGGAGAGUCUGAUCAUGGCUAUCAUGAAUACAGCUAUCUACUUGCAGAUGGACCACGUUGUAGACACCUGCCACAGAUUCAUCAAAUCCAGUGAUCCGACUGCCAAGCUGCCUAGAGACGAGUUUCUGGUCAGUCCCUUGGUUUUACCUCAGGAUGUCCACGCUUACAGAGCUCAUGAUGUUGUUGACAGUUUGCACAGCCGCGUAGCUCCGUUCAGGGACGGGAGGCCCUACGGUUCAAACAUGUUCAGCGGGGUCAGCACCCCCAGCAACUACCAUCUCUACGGGCAGUUUCCCAUGCCAGGAUUCCCCUUCCCUCUCUGCAAGCUGGCCGAUACCAAAAAUGCUUUUGCUGACCUCUCGAAGAGCAGCAUCCACCACAAGCACUGUCCUCCGCAUGACAGUGGCAUCAGGGCAGACUACAGCAGAGCCAUUGGCACCAACUCCUCCGGCAUCAUUCACUCCACCACCUAUGCUUCCAGGGAGGUAGGGAGAGACGAUGAGAUGAGGAAAGAGAGCCACGAGGGGGUCAGCCAGUCUGUCGGUUUCACCACAAGGAAGCGUGCAUUUCCCAUGUUGUCCCUCGAGCACCAGAAAGACUUGGGCAAAGAGCACGCUCCUCAGGCCGAGGAAGAUCUCAUCCAUCAGCACUAUCCCCUGGGAAUCUCCGCUGGACGCAAGAGCCUCAUGAGCAGCCCGCAGAGCCCCCUCAAAUCAGACUGCCAGCCCAACUCCCCGACAGAGUCCAGCAGCAGCAAGAACGCCAGCCUCUCCCAAGCCGCCGGAGCGCAAACGCCACAAGGUACGCAGGACCCCAAAGCUCGCAACUGGAAGAAGUACAAGUUCAUCGUGCUGAAUCAGAGCGCCAAGGAGGACAAGGUGGGGUUAAGGGAUCCUGGGCUUCACUCACCUCAACGCCUCGCCCUGCAACCCUACCUCCACCCCAGCGACUCGGAGAACCUCGACCCACAAACGACGAGCAAGAGCAACAGCGAGGAUCUACCAGUACCCCAGGCUAGUCGUCUCAACAACAUCAUUAACAGUGCGCUUGAGGGGUCUCUGAGGAAUGGCGAUGGCCACCCUCCACACUACCUGAACCGCCUCACGUGCUCGUCCUGCGGCUCCCAGUCCCCGCAGCACUCGGAAGUCUGUCCCAACAACUCCAGGUCCCGUCUAUCAGAGGAAAUGUCAGAGCUUCAUUCAGAAUAUUCAGACUCCAGCUGUGAAAACGGCACGUUCUUCUGUAACGAAUGCGACUCCAAAUUUGCUGAAGACGAAGCUUUGAAACAACACAUGCUUCAAGUACACAGCGACAAGCCAUACAAGUGCGACCGCUGCCAGGCUGCUUUCCGCUACAAGGGCAACCUGGCCAGCCACAAGACUGUCCACACAGGAGAGAAGCCGUAUCGCUGUAAUAUCUGUGGUGCUCAGUUCAACAGACCAGCUAACCUCAAGACUCACACUCGCAUCCACUCAGGAGAGAAGCCAUACAAAUGUGAGACGUGUGGAGCUCGUUUUGUACAGGUUGCUCAUCUGCGCGCUCAUGUGCUGAUCCAUACGGGCGAGAAGCCAUACCCAUGCGAGAUCUGUGGAACCCGCUUCCGUCACCUGCAGACGCUGAAGAGCCACCUCCGCAUACACACAGGCGAAAAGCCCUACCAUUGUGAAAAAUGCAACUUGCACUUCCGCCACAAGAGCCAGCUACGGCUGCAUCUUCGACAGAAGCAUGGCGCCAUCACUAACACGAAGAUCCAGUACCGUAUGUCCACAGCAGACAUGCCCACUGACUUGACAAAAGCAUGCUGAGCCAGAUGAAGGAAGCGGUUUUAAGAAGGCAAUCUUGACCUUGGCAUUUAUGAACCCCAACUUGUACAAUCAUCCAAAAUUGUAGUGCCACACUGUGUUUAUUAGACAUGUAAAUUGGCUGCGUAUGCCAUUCUAAACGGGUUUCCACUACAUGUGAACGUAGAGCCACAUGGCAUCUUAGUCACUUUAUUGUUUCUAUAUAGAUAUAAAUAUAUAUAUGUAUGUGGGGAGUGUUUUUAAGCUUUGAAGGUACGUAUAUAUAAAGCUUUAUUUUGUUGAGAAGGAUGGAAUGUAAACAAUCAGUUUUUUGAAAAAAAAAACAGUAUUUUAUAUCAGAGAACUUACUUUUCUGAAAGUAUUGAAAAUUUUGACGGGUGGUACAUAUAUUUUAAGAUAAUGGGAUUUGCGGCUGUAUAGAGUUGUCUAUACAUGAUUUUUAUGUAGAUGUACGUACAUGUUGUCAAGUUGCCAUAUUCACGUGAGCGGGGAAUUAAAAAAUAAAAAAUUGGAUUUGGUGUAAAACAUAUCAGAUGUCUGCUGCUGUCUGAGGAUGUGCAUGAGGUACUCUCUAACCGGUGUCGGUUUCUGGCGUACACGAAGUGGGCAACUGCAUAAAUAUUGUGACAUAUUGUGUAAUUAUAUCCGUGGGAUUGCUCUCUGCGGGCAGAGCCAAUCUAAGUGUUGAAAUGCAUUUCAAGGUACUGCUUUGUAACGACCAAGAAAAACAUUUUGCUUCAAAUGUAUUCGUAUAGGUGUGACUUCUGUUGGUUGAUUUGUUUUUCAUAAGUGAAGGUUUACAGUUUUGCUCAUUGUUCUAGAUCCUACGGUAAAAGUCGUGUAAAUGUCGAGGUUUUUUCGUUUUUGUAGAUACACUGUGUAUUCAAUGUGCCUUUCUCUAUGGUGACUGAAUUCCUCUCCAUUCAGCCCGGCUCUGUUAAGGUACAACUCAAGGACGCCACUUGUCCGAGAUCCCUGUUUGUGUGUGAGCGUGUGAGUGUAUAUUUUUAAAAGCUCGUCACCAACCUUUGAACGUGCAGACUCAUCAUUGUAAAUCUUCAGGACUUGUUUUCGGAUUGGAUUUUUUUUUUUUUUUUUUUAAACUGCAUUAAAAUUAUUGUACAACGUUAUAGAUGUAUGAAUGUAAAAUAAAGGUAUUGGAUUUCUAUGUA